CAAACGUUGCUCCAUGCAGCCAGACUGGGAGGCCGUGGUGAAGGUGUGGCGGGGGAGGAAGCGGAAGCCGUUUUCUGCACAGUUCCGCCCCCACAGCCGCGUAAAAAGUGUCAAGCAGAGGAGGGUGGUGGUGGAGGUGGAGGAGGAUGAGGAGGAGGAGGAGGAGGAGGAGGAGGAGGAGGAGGAGGAGGAGGAGGAGGAGGAGGAGGAGGAGGAGGAGGAGGAGGAGGAGGAGGAGGAGGAGGAGGAGGAGGAAGAGGAGGAGGAGGAGGAGGGGCCGGAGGAGCAGGAGGAGAGGCGUUGUGACGAGAUGGAGGAGGAUGACUUUGAGGAACUCAGUGGAGACCAGACCAAGGAUAGCGAGACUGGUAGUGCAGAGUAAGCUUCAGACCAGUGCUGAUCU